CAUACAUUUUUGAGCAAGGAAGAAUGGGAUGUUAAUGGCGUUAUAGGUGGUAAGUAGCAGUAGGUUAAAGAUACUUGAUCGUCUCUCACCUCAUGCAAAAAAUAAUGCUAUGAAUUUUUGGUUAGUUGCAGCCAGUAUGAUGGACAUUUUGCUGGUAUUUCUUGGUAUCGCGAUACUAUCCACUGCGCAUGCGUUUAGCGGCAAUGAAUUGACUGAGAUGCUGAAGGAUGGACUGGGUAACGUCGUUAAGGAGACAAUUAACGGUGUUGUAACGUUAGAAAAAGGAUCCAUUCCAGUAUGGCUCUCAGGAAACUUUAUUAGACACGCAUGUGGUGUGUUUGGUGAGACAAGUCAUAGAAACAAAGAUUUACCGAACUACAUUGAACAUUUGUUUGAUUGUUUCGAAAUGGGAAGCAAGUACAGUAUAGACAAUGGUCAGGUGACAUUUACAAACAGAUGGUAUGAUACAACUGUUGAGGACAUUUACAAUUCUUAUGGUCGUGAGAUGAAUGCGUCUUCUAUGUUUGUUCACUCUGUGUUCUCGAACGUAAAUGCAAAACAGAUUGACAAGUGGAAUGGCAACAUGUCGUCGCAUAGCAAAGUGAGUGAGAUACCGAACGUUAGUUGGUGGCUGGUCGAUAACUAGGCCAUUGCCAUGAGAACACCUAUAGGUGUAGUAAUUGAUCCGCAUAACGUCGUGCAGAAAGGGUAUAUGCAAUACGAUGAUGACAACCUUGGAGUCCCGGACACACAGCAGUACUUGUUCAGCAACAAUCCAGCCCACGAACAAACAGAGCCGGACGGUACACUCUGGAGUACAGUCAGUGUGGUGAAGUUUGAGACCCCGUCUCACCUCAAAAUCCGGCGAAUAGUUUACAAAGUCGGUGCCGACACAGUGCGUCACGUCGUCGGUACAUACCACUACGAGGACUCGGACAUCACGAGAUGCAAGGGCGAUAACUCCUACCCAGAUUUUGGGGCUAGAUUCGGAUACCUUCAUUCUUUUUCAAUGACAGAGAACUACAUCGUUUUACCCGAAACAGCAUUUAUGGAUGAUCCAUGUGUAUUUACCCGGUACGACCAGUACAAACCAUUCUUUCCACAAGGGUUUCGAUAUGAAUCAAACGGGUACUCUCGACUUCUGGUCAUGAGAAAGUCAGACGGAGUAUUUAUUGCCAACAUCACCAUGCCUCCAUUCUUUGCUACACACCAGCUUGGUGCGUAUGAAGACGGUAACCUAAUACACAUGGACAUGUUGACAUACAAUGACUCUAGUAUUUACGACAGGCAUAUGUUCGUAGACAAUCUGCUGAGUGAGGUAAACAGUUGCAUUUUUAAUAUCUGUAAGAUACAAUGACCCCGGUAUUUACGACAGGCAUAUGUUCGUAGACAAUCUGCUGAGUGAGGUAAACAGUUGCAUUUUUAAUAUCUGUAAGAUAC